AUGAAGUGGACAGCUGUUAAGCCAGCAGAAGCAAUGAUGCGGGGCGGUGGUUUGGAAUCCAAGGGAGGUGACGAUCCUUAUCACCUCGUGGCACACAAAGACAUGGCUCGAUUACUCACUCUCCUUAUUCGCUUGUCUCAUCACUUCCAUCUUCUACUAGUACCGGACAAUCGCUACUUGCGACUCAAACUCAUAUCCAACGCCUCUGCGAAAAUGAAUUCAUAA